AUGGAUAAAGUAUCCCCCGACUGUCCAUACCCAGGAUGCUUUUUCUGUGUCAUGAAGGAAGGGAACCCAAGUAAGCGCAGAGCAAGUAUAUUGAAAUUCUUCCGAGAACUUCCCUCACAGGAUGAUGAUGGUCAGGUUCUUCCUAUUAGUGGCCUUUGGAACACAGCCAUGGCGCAUCCUAAUGAUCCCGAGUUCAUCGAGUUGGGGAUAUUUGAAUGCAUGGCGGCACUGAUUUGGAAGGGUUUAAAGAAUCGCCGUUGGCUUGCUCAUGACCAAAAUAUAUAUAUUCCUUAUUAUGCAGCGCACAUAAUUGGAUCGUACACAAUGAACAUGGAAGAAUUUGCUGAAACUGCUGUGCAUGCCGGCGUAAUCCCUCCCUUGGUUGAACUUUUGAGGGGGAGAUUAACUUGGGUUGAGCAGAGGGUGGCCAUACGAGCUCUAGGCCACUUGGCUACAUAUGCCAGCACUUUUCCAUCUGUAGCAGGUCAUGGUGAGAUCCUUGAGCUUUCCAUUCAACUAGCGAUGAGUUCGCUCGAAAUUGUUUAUUCUCACUUUUACCAGUAUGUCGAUAGAAGGCGAAGUUAUCACUGUGAUCUCCUUACGCGUGGCAUGGGGGGUGUCGAAAUGGAGUCCAGGAAGGCAGAGGAAUGGGCUAGUCAGUUACAAUGCUGGUCUCUUCAACUUAUUAAUUGCUUUGCAUUCAAACCUGAGUUUCUUUCUGCUAUAUGCAAACCAGAAUUUCUAAUAAAACUACCAGGCAUGUGGGGAGGACUUGUUAAUGAAAACUCACCAGCUGGUAUGGGUUUGUUACGAACAAUUUGUCAUCAUAAGCUUGGUAGGGGACCCGUUGCUACCUGUCCUGGCAUCAUUGAGGCAUUGUGUAAUAUUGCACGCUCAUCUGAUGACUGGCAGUAUAUGGCUAUUGAUUGUCUUCUGUGGUUGCUCCAAGACCCUAGUACCUGUCACAAGCCUGAACUGUUCCAGGAUAAUGAUCUUCCAGUAUCCAAUGAGUCCCUUAAGCCUGAACUGUUCCAGGAUAAUGAUCUUCCAGUAUCCAAUGAGUCCCUUAAGGUGAUCGAUAAAGCAGUACCUGCACUAGUGGACCUUGCAGAGAUCUCAACUCUGGGGGAUCACAAAAAGCUUGGGGAUUCCAUUGUUAACAUUCUUCAGGAAUGCAUUCAAUCACAAGGGACAGGUCGCAAUUCUACCAGUAACCGCACAAAAGAAGAGAUCGAGGAACUAUUAAAUUCUAGACAGAGAUUAAAAUGGGAGAAAAGUAUGCCGAAAGAGGACCUCCAUAUCAAGCAGGCAGCAGCACUAGUGGUAAAACUUGAAGGAAAUUCUUUAUUUUCAUCUGGAAAUAUUGCUGGAGCAUCAUCAAAGUAUUCAGAAGCACUGGCACUGUGUCCGAUGAGAUCAAAGAAAGAGAGAGUUGUGCUGUACAGUAAUCGAGCUCAAUGUAAUCUUCUGAUGCAACAACCUUUGGCUGCUAUAAGUGAUGCUACGUGUGCACUUUGUCUGCAUAACCCUGUUAAUCGUCAUGCCAAAAGCCUUUGGAGAAGAGCACAAGCUUAUGACAUGCUUGGGUUAGCUAAAGAGAGCUUGUUAGACGCUAUUCUGUUCAUAAAUGAGUGUUCUCAGUCAACCGAUCCUGAUCUUUCAUUGAGGCAAAAUAAGGUUCCUGACUAUGCUGAGCGGUUGGUCAAGAAGCAGAUGCGUGCAGCUUGGCUGUUUAGGGAGGCUGCUGUUAAACAUGGGGGUGUCCAGUGUGAUGGUGAUGCCGGUGACAUAUAUGGCCAAGAGACUGAUGAUUCUGAAUGGGAGACGGCAAGUGAAAGCGAUAUAGGAAAUGAUGGAAGGGGUGGAAGGGAUGAAAUGGGCGACAAUGAUUGCGAAUGGAAGAAUGACGUUUAA